AUGAACCUUGAUCUCACGAGUCCACGAUCAUUUGAACUAUAUGCUCGUAUCACUUCGACUCCAAAACCUGCUUUCAAAUCGCCACCAUUAACGUCUACACCGGUGAAAAAGAGAGCAAGAUCAAUUCGUUUAUCACUUUCAUCAUCUCCAUAUUACGUAUCGCAAAAAAUUUUAAAUCGAAUCGAUUUAAAACAUUUGUUAUAUUUAAAUCAGCCUGAACGUGUUCAUGUUAAACAACAGCAACGACGACAAGAAAAAUAUUAUUCAACACAAAUGAAAUUAUGGAUCGUCUAA